GUUGCCGCAGCACACGGACCGCACCAGGAAUAUAUACCCGCAGUUUCCUCGCCCUGUUUUCAUACAUUGCGCAUAUUUUCCCGCCGCCAACUGCAGCAGCUUCCAGAGGUUUUUUUUGGUUGUGUUUUUUUCUUGAAGAUAGACAUCCGAAGAAGUCAAAGACGACGCCAUGGCUAACUACAUCCACGUCCCUGACGAGGCUCCCGCUGUGCCCAAAAUAGACGUGACAGUUGACGAGAACGACUACCGACCCGGCGCGCUGAAGCUCAUCAAGGAGCUGAGACCGAGCUGGAAGCCGUCCGAGGUCAAAAUGAAGUUUUUCACAGAUGGAAUCACCAACAAACUCCUCGGCUGCUAUGUGGGUGCAGUCAUGCAGGAUGUGGUUCUGGUCCGUAUUUAUGGCAACAAAACAGAACUGCUGGUCGACCGUGAAAACGAGGUGAAAAGUUUCAGAGUGCUACACGCACACCGCUGUGCGCCGCGCCUUUACUGUACCUUCAACAACGGCCUGUGUUAUGAAUUUCUGCAAGGAACCGCCCUGGAGCCGGAGCACAUUCGCAGCCAGCCUGUUUUCAGGCUAAUCGCCCGGCAGCUGGCCAAGUACCACGCCAUCCAUGCCCAUAAUGGCUGGGUACCGCAGUCUGACUUGUGGCUGAAGAUGGGCAAGUACUUUGCGCUCAUCCCAAAGUACUUCAAAGAUCCUGAGCGAAAUGCCAGGUUUAACACGGAGGUUCCCAGCCCACAGUGCCUCCGAGAAGAGCUGGUGUGGCUCCAGCAGAGGCUGUCGCUGCUGGGCUCGCCCGUCGUUCUCUGCCACAACGACCUGCUGUGCAAAAACAUCAUCUACAACGAGGAAGCAGGCAACGUAAAGUUCAUUGACUACGAGUAUGCUGGGUACAAUUACCAAGCCUAUGACAUUGGGAACCAUUUCAACGAGUUUGCUGGCCUGAAUGAAGUGGACUAUAGUCACUACCCAAGCCGGGCCUUUCAGCUGCAGUGGCUCCGCUCCUACCUGGAGGCCUAUAAGGAGCACAAAGGCCAAGGCAAUGAAGUGACUGACAGAGAGGUGGAGGUUCUCUACGUCCAGGUCAACCAGUUUGCCCUCGCAUCUCACUUCUUCUGGGGUCUCUGGGCUCUGAUCCAGGCCAAGUUCUCCACCAUCGACUUCGACUUCUUGGGAUAUGCAGUCCUGCGCUUCAACCAGUACUUCAAGAUGAAACCAGAAGCCACUGCGCUCAACUUACCUGAAUAGAAAGCCUCCACCACCACCCGCCCCUUCCCCCUCACCUUCUCCUCCUCCUCCAGCUCUUCCUCUCAUCCGACCUGCUCCGCCGACGACUGCAGAGCGCCCUCUAGAGGUCCGUGUAGAGAAGAGCCACGCUGAGAGUCCUGUUCGGUUCCCCCCCUCGCCGCCCCGAGCGUCUUCAUCCGCAUGAAGACCGAGCGGACCGUAGUCUUACCCGCCGUCUGCAGACACACCUUUCGUUAACCAGGAUUGAGCCCAAACUGGCGGGCGUGUGUGACAGACAGAUUUAAGACCUGUUUUAAUGUGAAGCCCACGCGACAGCUAAAUUACUGAGGUCGUCUCUGUUCUACUAAUAUGACACAUUAAUGUGAUAUCAUUUUGUACUCGUGAGCAGCUCAGAUCACUGUAAACGGAAAGGCAGACGAGAAAUAGCGACUCACCAACAUGUGGGAUGAAGUAGCCCAAACAAAAAAAAAGAAAAAAAAAAACACUAAUGUGACUGCCUGGACGCACCUUCCUCACGCUGAUGGGGUGAAAGCUUUGAGAGCCAGCGCAGUUAAAGACCAAAUUCAUAAAAAAGUAACACAAAGCCCGCUUUGUUUGCUGAAGAAAAAAAAAACAACAUGGAAAAGGCCAGUUCUGCCCCGUAAUCCCACGUGAUCCACCGUGAGGGAAGGAAAACAAAACUCUCAUGGCCUGCCUCGUGACUCCUGGUUCCACCCUUCGUUUCCUCCAGUACGCCGUGCAUGCAGUAGAGACACGGCGCGUUUACUUCUAGCCUCUCCCUCGGGUCGAGCCCAUCGAUCUGAGGGCGGGGAUUUCUGUUUUCACUGUAGGUUUUUAUUCUUAUUUUUUUUUGACACUGAAAUGUGAACAUUCCGUGUUCAGAACGGUAGAUUGGGUCGAGCUCUGGUCCGUGCAGUCAGCGGGGCGGCGUCUUAAUUCACUGUAAAGCCACGCCGUUGGACGCGCGACCAAAAACACCACGACGUCGUCGUCCGUCGCUCCGUGUCAGGGAAAGCUUCUGGAAUCAUAAAACACUGCUGUUCGGUCCCAGGCGAACCCGGGACCGGCCUGUUUUUUUUAUUUACACUCGCAAAUGUUAAAUGUGACACGGCCUUACUGACUGUCGGCAUUCAUCUUUUUUUUUUUUUAAACGUUUAUUGGGAUUUCGGCGGUAGAAGGACAUUCGUCUUCUAGUCUCUUGCACUUGAUAUUCACCUUUGACCUUUCGUGUUAAUCAGAUGUUUUUUAGAAGGAGCUCGACGAAGCCUUUUUUUUAAAAAAACGAACACAAUCUUUUGGUUAUUUAACAAACCUACACCAAAGUGCUGACAUCUUUUUUCUUUUUUUUUUUCGCUUUGCACACUGUUAUCGUUUUGUAGCACAAAGAGAAUUAGAAAAACACGGAGUUGUGAAAAUGUGACGGCUUUUAUACCUUUUUUUAUUUAAAGUGUUAGCGCGGAGGUCUUUGAGAGCGUCGGGAGAGCAGCGACACCGAAAAAAAUUCCUCCAGAACAAACCGACGAAGCUCCAUGAAGAGACCAACCGGAGCUGUGCGAAGGAGCAGAUGUGGAAAGGCUUCGUCUGCCCGCGUGCCUGUGAAAGCUUUUAUUUUAUACUGACGGUAGUGAACUUUGAGGCCUCAUCGCCGGUCUUUAGCGUUUUUUCGCGUCGGCGAAGCGAGCUGGACCUAAACGUCGGACAUAUGUGCAAAUCUUACGUACUUGUUGGGAGAAAGGUUUCGAUUAAAUUACCGGUUUGAGUUCUGAUGGUGGAAAGUUUAAAGGUGUCUGUUGAAGAUUGUUCUUUUUUUUUUUUUGCGUGUACGGUUAGACUAAAGUUUACACAACCUUAAAUUAAUGUACUCAGUCAAAUUCAACUUAAUCUUAAAAUACUAAAAAAAAAAAUAUCUAUCUAUCUACUGGUGGAAUAUUUCAUAGAGGCUUUAUUUUUGACUCUGUCUGGAACAAAUGUGUUGGUAUUUAACAGUCUGUCUGCCUGUCGUCGAUCUCUCUGGCCACUGUAGCAUAUGUUUAUAUGUACAUUAAACAAAUGUAAUAAUAAUAAUAUCUUUGCUUGUUCUCAUAUGUGAAUUAAUGUACAUAGAGGGAGUUCUUUUAUUUUUUUGUUUUCUAAAAGUUGCAUUAAAGUGAAUUAUUGCCCGGUAUAAGAGGUGAAACUGGAAUAAAAAAAUAAAUAAAAAUGUAAAUAUGCUUUGAAAAAUAAAGUUUAUUUACGCUUA